CGGGAUAAGAAAGCAAAGUAUUUCUCUCUCUCUCUCUCUCUCUCUUGUUAUUUUCAACAUCAUGUAUUCAAUCUGGGGUAAAAAGAGUAAAGAAGCCGAACAAGAAAAGAAGAAGCCUAGAACAAGUGCAGCACAAAUCCGCGUUCAAAAAGAUUUAGCAGAGUUGGAUAUUCCUGACACCAUCAAGUUGGAAUUUCCUGAUCCAUCCAACAUUCUCAACUUUAAUGUCACUAUCCAACCUGAUGAAGGCUUUUUUGUUCAUGGUAUUUAUAGAUUUACCUUUGCCAUCAAUACCAACUAUCCCCAUGAACCACCAAAAGUUCGUUGUACUCAAAAGAUCUAUCACCCAAAUAUUGACUUGGAAGGAAAUAUUUGUUUAAAUAUUCUUCGUGAGGAUUGGAAACCCGUACUUUCAUUACAAGCUGUAUUAGUUGGAUUACAAUAUCUGUUCCUGGAACCAAAUGCGGAUGAUCCAUUGAAUAAAGAUGCGGCCGAAGUGUUGAGAAAUAAUAGAAGUAAUUUCACAGCCAAUGUUAAAAAGACAAUGGCAGGCGGUUCAAUUAACGGGUUACAAUAUGAUAAUGUACUGGCAUAAUAAAGUCUUUUACCCAAAAUAAGAAUCUUUACUUGCCUUUUUUUUUACACCCCGUCUUUUAAUUACAAUUUUUUUUUUUUAUUAUUAUUAUUAUUUUAAA